GACCGGAAACGCGACGAAGAGGCGGAUUCGUUGAGCAGCUCGACGCUUUGGACUCACCUGGCGGACAGGUUCGGCUCGAAUCCGGCAAGACUCCGGUAAAACACAGGCUCCACCCCCUCACUGCCAUCACUUGGGAGUCAUGGCGCUGAUCUCUCUGGAAGACCUGGAAGGAUUAGACGAGCAGCUGGACGAUGACACUAGUGACAACCCCGAGCAGAUGGAUGAAGAGGAUGAAGAUCGCUUGCUGAGUCGCUGGCAGGCCAUCGCCAGCACACACCAGGUGUCAGUUUCUGCAGAAAUGACCGAACCCAUCCGGGAAAUGACCCGCAACAACCAGCUGUUGGAGCCCCUCCCAUUUGUCCUUAUGUCCCGCCACGAGAAGAUGGGGGAAGUUCAGUAUGAGGAGCGGCUCUACCCGGCAGGGAACUGGGUCCGUGUGACCCGAGGAGAGACGCUAUAUGAGCAGAGCAUAUCCAUGGCCUUCAUGAAGCUCAUGCACUACAUCUGCAAGAACUCUUCAGGUAGAUACCUUGGCAUGACUGUACCUGUGGUCAGUAACAUUCAAGUGGACGACAGCGGGACAUUUGUGAAGGAUGUGGAGACGGCGUUCUUCCUGCCCGCCGAGUUCCAGAGCAACCCACCGUGCCCCUCAGACCCUGACAUCAGUGUGGUCUACAGAGAACCAAUCAGAGUGGUUGCCAGGACGUUUUCCGGGAUAACCACGGAGGAGACAGUGAGCUGGCAGAUUCACCAACUCUGGGAGCUCCUGGACCUCGGAGACCACUUCCACCACAACCGUUACAUGGUCGCCGUGUACGACAACCCUGGAGCGCCACGCCGCCGCAAUGAGAUCUGGUUCAUCCGGAGAGACCUGUAGACUCCACCCAUCCUUAGCUGAUGGUCCAAUCAGAGCCAUCUUCUUACCUGAUCGUCUGCUACCUGAAGCAGCUCUGGGAUUACCUGACAUCACUUCCUGUCGUGUGUAGCACUGUGUUGUUUGUUGUAGUACUGCGCAUGCUCAGGUGUGACAGGAGGCUCCGCCCUCUCGCUGAUCCUAAUGUUUAAUGAGAAACAGGUUUUUCAGGUUUCAGCCAUUUUAUUUUUUCAUCAAACUGUUUCUCUUUCAAAAAUAAAACAAUUUUAUGUUGAAGCCGUGGAGCUUCCUGCUGCGAGCGGAGCUGGACCUUCGUCAGGUUUCAGCCUCGGCUCGUUCUGGUCUCCAGGUAAUGUCUCAAUGUCAGAUUUUAUGCUCAAACUUCCAUUUUGCUGUGAGCAUCAAACUCCAAUAAGUUUUGAUUCAACAGGGAAAAUAAAACUCUUCAACCAGCAA